AUGAGGAGUCUGUAGACUCAGUUAAGAACAUCUCAGGCUCUUAGCCCAGCAAGACAGAAGGUAUCAUUAUUGUGCUUCAAGACUGAGACAUCAUGUUCUGCAGAAGGAACCUUCUCCAAGCCCUCUGCACCCUCUUCUUGGUUCAUAAAGUGGUCUCCCAGAAAUGCCCAUCGGAAUGUGGACGUUGCAGACAAAACCCACCCAGGUGUGCCCCCAAUGUACCAGUCAUAUUAGAUGGCUGUGCCUGCUGCCCUGUGUGUGCUCGACAGGAUGGGGAGAGCUGCUCUGAAGUGUACCCUUGCCAAGAGGGGCUAUUCUGUGAUUUCAGUGCCGAUGUAAGGACCGAUGUUGGCAUUUGCAUGGCUCUGGAAGACGACAAGUGUGUGUUCAAUGAUGCUGUGUAUCGCAGUGGUGAAACCUUCCAGCCCAGCUGUAAAUAUCACUGUACAUGCCAGGACGGGCAGAUCAGCUGCGUUCCCAGAUGCAACAAUGACCUCCUGCUGCCCAGUCCCGAGUGCCCCAACCCAAUCAAAGUCAAGGUGCCGGGCGAGUGCUGCGAGAAGUGGAUCUGUGACUCCAAAGAGGAGGUGGCGAUCGGCGGCUUUGCAAUGGCCGCUUACAGACCUGAAGCCACUUUAGGAGUCGCUGUGCCUGACAUGGGCGCCAACUGCAUUACACAGACAACGGAGUGGAGCGCGUGUUCCAAGACUUGUGGUGUCGGUCAUUCAUACCGGGUGUCAAAUCGCAAUCAUCGAUGUGAAAUGCAGAAGCAGAUCCGCCUGUGUAUGGUGCGACCCUGCGAGGAAGAGGAACAGGCCCUUCUUGGAAAGGAUGGAAAAAAAUGUGUGAGGGUGACAAAAUCUGAAAAACCCAUACGAUUCGAAUUCAAAAACUGUGUCAGCGUCCAGAGCUACACCCCCAAGUUCUGCGGCAGCUGCAGAGAUGGCCGAUGUUGUACACCGCACAGCACCAGGACCGCCCAGGUGGAGUUCCAGUGUCCCAAUAACCGAGUCAUGAAAAAACCUGUCAUGUUCAUUAACACCUGCGUCUGUCAUUACAACUGCCCACGAGACACUAGCCUCCUCCAGACAGACAACGCCAUGUUCCCGGGCCUGCGGAGACCAUUAUAAGGACGACAUUCGUUUUCUAAGUUCCAAACUCCAAGCCGUGGAAUAACCAAUGAACUUUUACAUGGUAUAAAUGUACAGCCGGUGGGA